AUGACUACUGCUGCUACUGCAUUUGCGGAAACAACCCGCAUUUCUAAAUCGUCUCCUGAGCUUAGAGCCAGAGUUCUUUCUCUUUAUAGAAAGUUUAUCAGAAACGCCCCUUUUAUUGCUGAGACUUACGAAUUAUCUUAUCCUGUGGCUCGCAUUCGCACAAAGUUUAGACAAGAAUUUGAGCGCAAUAGAUUUGUUUCUGAUUUAUCAGUUAAAAAUAUCCUAUAUGCUAAAGGUCAAAUGGAAUUUCAAGAAACUAUCAACUAUUGGAAGCAACAACCACAUAUUCUUAAUUUUUUCCUAGAGGAGGAAACUGUCAAGAGCAAGCCAAAGCCUUCAACUUUUGUUGAGAAAUUUCUUCAGAACUCGCUAUAA